AUGAAGCAUUUGGAGAAGCAGAAGGAGUUACUCAAGGAAGCUCAUAAGACCAUGUCACAAGAACUCCAAACACUCAUGGUGGAAGAAAAGAUGAUGAUGCAUAAACUCUAUGAGAUAUUGAGUACCGAUCGUAAAAAUAAGAAGAAAAGGAAAGAAACUCAAAAUGUGUUGGAAGGAAACGAAAUAAUUGAAGUUUCUUCCCCACCAACCUUGAGUAGUGGUGAAUCUGGUGAUGAAGAAAAACAUUGA